AUGGCUGCGAAUCCGCCCGGACAAGGUUUGCAAAACAAGAACAGGGUUGCUAUUCUAGCUGAGCUGGAUAAGGAGAAGAGACGGCUGAUACAGAGUGUGUCUAUGAAUAACCCAGGAGCCAGCAUCCCCCUCUGUCGACCAGCAGUGAAGGAGUUCAGGGAUCAGGCCGAGCAGCAGCACAUCGCAGCACAGCAGAAAGCAGCUUUACAGCAUGCACAUGCACACUCAUCUGGCUUCUUCAUCAUUCAGGACUCCUCCUUUGGUAACCUAAUACUGCCUGUGUUGCCCAGACUCGACCCGGAGUAAAUCAACAUUAGCUAGAAGGACUCACUCACUGUUUUGUAAAAACUUGCUA